AAAUAUAUAUAUAUAUAUAUAUAUAUAUAUAUAUAUUUAUAUUUAUAUUUAUAUAUAUUGUGAAGCAUCACCAUCAUGGCUACUAGAAUUCCUGAGAAUCGCCGUGAUUGGAUGUGUGGUACUUAUUGCCAUGAAUUUGAGUACUUUCCGACACAACCGGCAGCGAGUUUGUCCGAUAUGGUUUUCGGGUUUUUGGAGGAUGGUGAAGGGUUGCCGGGAAGUAUAAGUAGUGAGGAAGGGUGUGGAGAAAUUGAAAACUUUGAUGAGGAUGAAGAGAGAGAUAAUAUUGGUAAUGUUGAGGAGGAUAAGAAUUAUUGGGAAAACCAGCACCAGAUUUUGCAGGCUACCUUACGAAGGACUUCCUCUCUGGAAUCAAGGAUUAGAAGUACAACAAAAGAAGCACUAAAAGAGAUAAAGAGUGCAAAUACAGUCUGUGCUUGUGGAAGACUGUUGGCAAGCAGCUGCCGGAAUUGCCUGAUGGGAGAAGUUUCCGGCCGCCUGCAAAAUGCCGGUUACAAUAGUGCCAUUUGCAAGUCUAAAUGGAGAAGCUCCCCAGAUAUUACAUCAGGAGAGCACACCUUCUUGGAUGUCAUAGAAAAUUCUGGUUCUAAGAAAGGUGAGGUGAGGGUGAUAAUUGAGUUGAACUUCCAGGCUGAGUUUGAGAUGGCAAGAGCAAGCGAAGAUUACAACCAGCUAGUCCAAAGAAUUCCUGAAGUAUAUGUAGGAAAAGUAGAAAGAUUGAGUACCCUAAUCAAGAUCUUAUGUUCCGCUGCCAAGAAAUGCAUGAAGGAAAAGAAAAUGCACAUGGGGCCAUGGAGGAAGCAGAAGUACAUGCAAGCGAAGUGGCUUAGUCCAUGUAAACGGACUACAUCCACACCGAACUUGUCAAUGGGAUACUCUAACCCUUUGCGAAAGCCUAGGGCUUCCAUGCUCACAGUAGAUUUGCUAGAGAAAUUGCCUAAUGGUGACGGGCAUUUGGGUGGUUCGUAAUUGAUGCAUUGCACUAUUUGAAGCUCAAAGUCUCAUCUACCAUGGGCAUGUGAUCGAAGUUUCGACAAAGGGGCUUUAGUUUGCGCACAAGCUGGUCUGAGGUGAGUUGCAAUUAGACCGGUCUUGACUCUCCUACCUAGAACCUUUGCGCCGUAGUGCGACAAGAGGCAGCCUAGCCCACAAUCUUAGAAAGGGCCACCACAAUUAUCACAAUGAGAAUUUUGUUACAAUAACGUUAAGUUAGUUAUUGUUUAUGUUUACUAUCACAACUAGUUUGAAAUAAUAACUUAUCAAACAAUAAUUUCAUUGCAAUACUUUGGUGAAUGUUGCUGCUAAAAUAUAAUUCCUUGAAAAGUUUGAAGCAAAAUCUUAUCACGUUGGAGACAUUGUUGUGAUA